AUGAUAAACUUGGUGGAAUCAGCCGAAUCAUCGUACAAUAAUGCCCAGUGGAUAGCAAAAAGUCGAAUCUUAACCUAUGCUAAACUCAUUUAUUAUCGAAUGUUCGCUGUACUGUAUUGGCUGAGCGGUAUCUGUAGUAAACUGGUAAUGGUUAACGGAACAUGGACUCGUGAACAUAUUGUAACGUUACUGGGCAUUGAUGAUCGCACAUACUUAAUCUAUCCGCCGUGCAAUGUCGACAAAUUACUGAAAAUUAAUUCAAAAGCGGAAAAGUUACUGAGUGAAGAGGGUCGUGUACAGAUGUUAUCAAUUGGACAAAUCAGACCCGAAAAGGAUCAUCGACUGCAGAUCUGCUUCCUGGCAGAGCUCAAAAAACGAUUGGUGAAAGAAAAUCUUGACUAUAAGGUUCGGCUGGUAAUAUGCGGCGGAUGUCGGGAUCAGCAAGAUGUUCAGCGCGCGAAAGAUUUACAGCUAUAUGCCGAAGAAAUGGGACUUACUGAUGAUGACUUGGAAUGGGCGCUGAAUGUUUCGGCUGAUAAAUUGGCAUCUCUGCUUGAGUACCGUUUUGUGCUUUUUGCUAAGAUCGAAUUGCCUUUUUGGUGUGAGAAUCGGAUACCUCCGAAAUGCACCCAUAUGACUUAA